GCACAUCGGAUUUACUUUCCUCUUAUUAGAACCACUCCACAUUACACGACUCACGUACGCACUCGGAACCCUCGAUCAGACGCCCACUAUCCCCAUAGUUCUGUUGCUCUGAUUCGUACUUUGGCAUGUUUCGCAACCAGUAUGACCACGAUGUAACUAUUUGGAGCCCACAAGGUCGUAUUCAUCAGAUAGAAUAUGCUAUGGAAGCCGUGAAACAAGGCUCGGCUGCUGUGGCAUUGAAAAAUGUUGACCACUCUAUAAUCGUCGCAUUGAAGCGUGCUCCUUCCGAACUAUCCUCAUACCAGGAGAAGAUUAUCACCAUCGACGAUCAUGUUGGGGUUGCAAUUGCCGGUCUAACCGCUGACGGCAGAAUGUUGAGCCGCAUGAUGCGUCGGGAGUGUGCAGAAAACCGAUGGUCCUACGAUGAACCAUUACCAAUCACACGACUGAUUAAUAUCAUGUCGCUAAAAAUGCAAAUCCCCACGCAGCGCUAUGGAAACCGACCGUACGGUGCAGGUAUGCUGAUCGCAGGAUAUGAUUCACAAGGACCACACGUGUAUUAUUUAUGUCCAUCAUCCAACGCCUACGAUUGUAAGUCGAUCGCCAUCGGUUCCAGAUCUCAGUCUGCACGUACCUACUUGGAACGCCAUUUGACUGAGAUUGGCACUGCGUCAUUAGAUGAGUUAAUAUUUCAUGGGUUGAAAGCUCUCAGUGGAACACUACCAAAUGAAGUGGAAAUAACAACCAAGAAUUGUUCUCUGGGUAUAGUUGGCAAGUCUAGCAACUUCACAGUUUACGAGGACGAAGCAGUCGAAAAAUUUUUGAAGUUGUUCGAGUUGAAAAUUAAAGAAGAUUCCUCUGCCUCCGAGACACCUGCCGCGCCAAUCCCCAUGGAACAGGAUCAACCUGCAACGUGACAUUUUCCUUCAUUCGACUUCCUAUCACCAAUUUGGCCUGGUCUCUGAUAAACUACUUUGCUCUAUCUGGUUGUUCUGUAUUCCAUAGUCCGCUUGUAUUUGCAAAGUCAUUAUAAUUCGCGUCUACUUCGCAGUUUCUCAAGCGGUUUUAGGUUCUCGCGAACUUAAUCACUCCUAAAACCAUCCUCUGUCCUUUAUUCUUGUUCGGCGAUUGCUACUUUCUUUUGGUUUGACAAAUGCGUAAUAAUUUCAUCUUUCUCUUAUUUCGGAGAUCCUCACUGUUCCUUUGACAAGUAUACCUCUUACCUCUGUGGUCAUUGGCGGUGCUAUUGAUUUCCUUAGGUGAAACUAUUUUGGUUCGCAUCUAACCAGUAGUUCUGCGAAUAUCCCAUACAACAGCGCUCAUCAUAAUGGAGAUUACGGUUUUUUAUGCACUAUAGCCUUAACACACGAAGAGCACAAUAUAGAGCA